AUGACAAGUCAACUGUUCGAGAACUGGUUGAACAAAGUGAACAUCAAAAUGAAGAGUGAAGAACGAUCCAUUUUGUUAUUUGUGGACAACUGCACUGCUCAUCCUGAUGUUGUCAGAAGUAAUGUCAAAUUAGUCUUUUUACCACCUAAUACCACUUCCAAACUUCAGCCAUGUGAUGCUGGAAUAAUACAAACUGUCAAGACGCAUUAUCGUAAACAGCUGCUUCGUCAUGUCCUGUUCCACAUAGAUAAAGCCUCAUGUGUAUCAGAGUUGGCCAAAAAAGUUAAUGUUCUUGAUGCAAUAGUUUGGCUGAGAAGUGCAUGGGACAGAGUUCAUCCAUCAACCAUCAGAAAAUGCUUUGCUAAGUGCGGAUUUGUUGAACCGGAUGCAGUGGAUGAAGGUGGUGCAACAGACUUACCAGAAUCAGAGCAAGAAAAUAUGAGUCUUGAAAUUGAACUCGAGUCUCUGGUGAAUGCUGCUGGCACAACUUGGACCGAGUAUGCCAAUUGUGAUCAAGAUUUGACAACUACACGUAUGUGA